AUGCUCCUGCAGGACGACCCCACGACGGACGCGACGACCACCAGGCCCGAACCCACCGGCAACGGCCACGUCGUUGAACCGUCCAACGACGGCGCCGACUCAGACCCCACGGCCAAGCUCGAUGCCAUGGGCAAGGAACGCGAGGCCCUGCGCGCAGAGGUCGAGCAGCUCCGCAAGCAGCUCGAGGGCAUCCAGGAGACGCACGAGCAGGAGACGUCGCAGCUGCGGGCCGACCUCGAGGAGAGCAACGGCGCCAAGGAGCACGCCGAGGAGCAGUACCAGAACCUGCUCGGCCGCGUCGAGAAGAUCAAGGAGUCCCUGAGCGACAGGCUCAAGCGCGACAAGGCGGAGCUCGAGGAGGCGAGAGAGCGCAUCGACGAGCUCGAGGCCCAGAAUGAGCAGCUCCAGGCCGCGGCCCAGGCGACGGGCGACGAGCUCGACAAGAUCAAGGACGAGCUGCAGGACGCGACGCGCGAGCUGACCACGCUGCGCAGCCGCAACAACCUGUCGGCGCACAACUGGCACAAGGAGAAGGAAGAGCUGACGCGGACGGUCCAGCACCUCAAGGACGAGGUGGCGCAGACGUCCAACGCCAUGGGCGAGUGGGAGGUGCUCGCCAUGGAGGAGCGCUCCAUCAAGGAGAGCCUGGCGGACAAGGUCUCGGAGCUCGAGGAGCAGGUCGCCACGCUGCGGCAGGGCUACGAGGGCGCGGCCGCCGAGCGCCAGAGCCAGGCGACGCUCGUCGACAACCUGCAAAACGCCCUGCGCGAGAUCCAAGAAGCCCGCAAGCGGGAGCUGCGCGAAAUGGUCGAGACGACCGAGUCGCAGCUCCAGGCGCAAAAGAGGCUCGUCCAGGAUGCCGAGUCGCGCCGGGCCGAGGCCGAGGGCGUCAAGGAGGAGCUCUCCAAGGAGCUCGAGCGCACGGCGCCGUUCGAGAAGGAGGUCAAGGAGAAGAACCUCCUGAUAGGCAAGCUGAGACACGAGGCCAUUGUGCUCAACGACCACUUGACCAAGGCGCUUUAUUACGAACCACCUCCUCCACUUCCUCACCCUCGACCGCGGCGACGCCAAGCGCUUCCAGGUCUUGCAGGUCAUGGCCGGCUACCUCAACUGGACCGACGAGCAGCGCGAGCAGGCCGGCCUCGCGCGGCCCGGCGGCUCGGGCGGCAGCCUCCGCCUGCCCAUGUCGCCCUUUCACCGCACGCCGAGCUCGCCGUCCCUCAGCGCAGAUCUCUUCUCGGAGCCAACGUCAGCCAAGGACAGGGAGUCGCUCGCGGAGCUGUGGGCCGGGUUCCUGGAGCGCAGCGCGCAGGAGGGCUCCGGCGAGCCACCCGUCCCGCCGUCUCGCAAGGACAGCACGAGCAGCGCCGCGACGGGGACGGGCACGGGGCGGUCCGACUCGCGGCCGUGAAGAGGGGUGGACAGUGA